AUGAGCAAUACUAACAAUUGUGUGACAUUACCUGUUUAUCGACAAUGCGCUCGUUGGUUAAGCGAAUGCGAUGUCUUACCAGAAGCAUUGGCGAUAUUAAACUCACCGUCAGCAACAAUUGAUGAUUUAGCUAAUGAAUUGUCCAAUGGAAUUGUUUUAUGUAAUUUAUUGAAUUUUCUACAACCCGGCUGUGUUCAACACACCGAUGUGUCGUUUCGUCCACAACGUAGUCGAGUUGUCGAAACGUUGUCAAAAUUAUCCAAUACAGACGCUGCAAAACGAAAAAAGCUGACGCCAUUUCCCAUUACUGGACCUUUUAAUUAUGUUAAUAUUCCAAAAGAAAAAUCUUUAGAUGAUGCUGUGCCAGUUCAAAUAUCAUCUGUUGUUUCAUCACCAUUAAACAAUGUUAUACAUCAACAAGAGCAAUUGAUGUGUCACUUUUGUCGCAAUUCACCUACAACGAUACAAUCAAAAUUUACAUCUCCAAUCGAUUCUAGCAUAGCUUGCUCAUCAUUAAAUUCAACAUUGCCAAUAUCCAACUGCCAAUUGUUAUCACCAAUUGUUGCAUGUGCUGCUUCCGCUUUAGCUUCUGCAAGAAAAUCUUGCUCACCCUCUCAUCGCCUUUCAACAUCCUCGUUACCAUAUACAAUAACAAAUGAUUGUGGAGUGUAUGGAUCUCAUGUCAGCAUUCAAGAGGAUGUUUAUGAGGCGUUAUGUGCACAGCCAAAACGAUCGAUUAAUAUAACUUCUUGUCAGGAUAAUCAAAGAGCAUUCUUACCACGUGAUCAUGCUGUUAAAGAGUUAUUGGAUACGGAAGCAAACUAUCGUGAUUCAUUAAAUGCAAUUGUAACUAAUUUUAUUCAACCGUUAAGUUUAUCAUCAGAUGAGAAGAAAAAAAUCUUUCUUAAUAUUGAAGCAAAAUAUUGUUCAGAAUUACCCGAUGCGCAAGAAUAUUUAGAUCGAAAAAUAAAAACUGAACCACAAUUUUCACAAAAAUUAGAACAAUGUCGACAAAAAUCUGGUGAUUUAGGAAAAUUUCAAUUACGUGAUACAGUUGUGUUACCCUUCCAACGUAUUGUGAAAUAUUCUUUACUCUUACAUACCAUGAAAAAGAACGUACCACCGACGGAUCCCAGUUGCGAAAUGAAACGACAACUAUUAGAAAAAGCAGAAAAUCUAAUGACGGAUGUCAAUCAAUAUAUAAAUGAAGCAAAACGUGCACAUGAUAAUUUGAAAGUAAUUCGGAAUAUUGAAAAGACAAUAUGUGACAUUCAACUUCCGUCCGAAAGAAGUUUAAGAAACUAUGGCCGCUUUAUUUCUGAUGAACAGUUUCAGGUAUACGAUAAUGGUCAUCGCAGUGGUACAAGAACGGUUUUUCUAUUCGACCGUGUGUUAUUAAUUUGUAAAGUUAAAGGUAGUGAGAAAUAUACAUUUCGUGCUGCAUUAUUUAUUCAUGGAUGUCAGAUAGAAGAAUUACGUGCAACAAAACGAGAGUUUCCAUUCAUUUUACGUGAUACACAACAAAAACGUGAUUACAAAUUUGUUGCUAAAACAGAAGACAAACGUACAGAUUGGCUGAAACAUUUAAGAGGCGCUAUUGGUUUGUUUUAUCAAGGUUAUGAAUGUAGUAGUUGUCGAAAAAAAGUUCAUCGUGAAUGUAUUAAAAAAGUGACACAUUGUAGUUUGAGAGCAUCUCUUGAACGAAUUCGAAGUUUUGAUCGAGGCUCUAUUGAACUUCCAAAAGCUUUUUCAAUUGGAUCAAAUAUUCAUCAAAAUCGAGUGUAUGCCUUGUUUGACUAUGAUGGUGCAUCGAAUGGAAAUAAAUUUAAUUUUAAUCGACAAACUGAACAUUUUAUCAAUGUUGUUGAAGGUGACGAGUUAGAAGUUCUGGAAGAUGAUGAUGAAAUAUUGUGGAAGGUGAAAAAUGUACGUUCAAAUGAAAUUGGUCUUGUACCAGCCACACUUAUCGGUGUAUGUAUGUUAGAUGGUGAACCACAGAAAAACAUUCAACCUCCUUCAGUAUGUGAUUAUGAUACCUGGCAUAUUGUACAAUCGUAUAAUAGCAGUAGUACUAGCAGCAGCAGUAAUAAUAAUAAGAAUAAUAAUAUGACUAAUAGUUUACCUAAUUCACCAAAUAUAUCCGUAGUUCGUUCAAAAAGUAUUUCAUCUCAGUGCUCAUAUGAUGGUGGAAAAAAACAGCAGUUGAUUAUGUUUUCGGCAUUCGAUAAAACUAAUCGAAAUCAUCAUCAACAAUCUUCUGAUUGUGGAACCUUAAUUGGAGCUGAUUAUGUUCAAACGGACAAUGCGGAAUGGUAA